AACCCGAGAGUUGGAUGCUCGCGCCUGGGCGACCCCGGCUCGCGCAUGCGCCAGGUUGGUACCGAAGCGCUGCAGGGCCGCCAGCAUGAACCCCGCGCAGGGCACGGUGGGCAGCGACCCGGUCAUCCUGGCCACGGCCGGCUACGACCACACGGUGCGCUUCUGGCAGGCGCACAGCGGCAUCUGCACCCGGACCGUCCAGCACCAGGACUCGCAGGUCAACGCCCUGGAGAUCACGCCGGACCGCACCAUGGUGGCCGCGGCAGGUUACCAGCACAUCCGCAUGUAUGACUUGAACUCCAAUAACCCCAACCCGGUGAUCAACUACGAUGGGGUGAGCAAGAACAUUACCUCGGUUGGCUUCCACGAAGACGGACGGUGGAUGUACACCGGGGGCGAGGACUGCAUGGCUCGCAUCUGGGACCUCCGGUCACGCAAUCUUCAGUGUCAGCGCAUUUUCCAGGUGAACGCGCCCAUCAACUGCGUCUGCUUGCAUCCCAAUCAGGCUGAGCUCAUUGUCGGAGACCAGAGUGGUGCCAUCCACAUCUGGGACUUAAAAACAGACCACAACGAACAGCUGAUCCCAGAGCCGGAAGUCUCGGUCAACGCAGUACAUAUUGAUCCGGAUGCCAGCUACAUGGCUGCGGUCAACAGUUCGGGCAACUGUUACGUGUGGAACCUCACGGGGGGCAUUGGAGACGAGGUCACCCAGCUCAUCCCCAAGACCAAGAUCCCUGCACACAACCGCUAUGCGCUCCAGUGCAAAUUCAGCCCAGACUCCACGCUUUUGGCCACUUGCUCUGCUGACCAGACGUGCAAAAUAUGGAGGACCUCCAACUUCUCGCUGAUGACGGAGCUGAGCAUCAAGAGCAACAACCCCGGAGAGACUUCCCGUGGCUGGAUGUGGGACUGUGCCUUCUCGGGGGAUUCCCAGUACAUUGUCACAGCCUCGUCAGACAACUUGGCCAGGCUCUGGUGUGUGGAGACGGGGGAGAUCAAGAGAGAAUACAGCGGGCAUCAGAAGGCGGUCGUCUGCCUGGCUUUCAACGACAGCGUCUUGGGCUGAGGAGCGCGCUGGGACGGCCCCUCUUCGCCAGCCGGUCUCUCUCCUGUUAGGCCCCAUCAGCCACUGCUUCUUUCUGCCGAGGAGUCCAGACUAGCUCGACCGAGGCUGCCCUCUCUGCCCUUUGGCUUAGUUGGCAGGUGUGGCUGGCUUCCCUGGCGCUCCUCGUUUGUAGCACCCCCUUAAAGCUGGCGUGGAGCUGGCAGAGAAGAGGGAGGC